ACAGGGGGAGAAAAUCAGAAGCAUAUUAACCCGUUACUUUCAACCUUCCUUUCGCUGUCUUCAAUGGCGAAGCUACCGAAACAAGUCGCUCUCUCGUCUUCUCUUUCCAAUCCAAGGAUGUCCCUCUCUCCGCCGAUGACGUCAUCUUCGGCGAUAUCACUCUCCUGCCGUCGGAAAGUCGGUGCUUUUCCUGUAUUCCGAUCAUUGAAAAUCAUCGCCCCUCUAAUUCGAUCAGUGCCGUUGUUGAAUUGUAGAACGCGUAGUGUUGUUCGCCGAGUCGGCCGCAUUGUCUCUGAUGCUCGGGAAACCUCUGUAGAUGUUACCACAGUUACGGAUGCCACAUGGAAAUCUCUUGUUCUUGAGGCUGAGGGUCCUGUACUUGUAGAGUUUUGGGCCUCUUGGUGUGGUCCAUGUCACAUGAAUCAUCCUAUAAUUUGUGAACUAGCUAAGGAGUAUACUGGAAAACUUAAGUGUUUCACGUUAAACACAGAUGAUUGCCCUUCAACUGCUAAGCAGUAUGGAAUUCGCAGCAUUCCGACCACCAUGAUUUUCAUCAAUGGUGAAAAAAGGGACGCAAUCAUUGGUGCCGUCCCCAAAACUGCUCUAACUUCCAGCAUCGCAAAGUUCUUAUAGGAGAGAGCACAAAAAGUCUCUGCAGCCUUCUUCCACACUGUCUAAAUCUUUUGAUGUCUCUGGUGCUGUGAAGUUAAAACUUAUCUCGCCGUAAAAACUUGAAGUUCUUGUAUUUAUUGUUAUGUUUGGUUCAGUGAUACAUGUAAGCGUUGCUGAGAUUUUCUUACCAAUAGCAGUUGUGAAGGGUCUUCGGUGAAACUGAUUUGCAAAUUUUUCCAAUGUCUUUUUUGAUGAGUACGUUUCUACACAAGACUAAACAAGGAUGCCAGUCCUCUCUUCUUCAAGCUUUUUUUAUUUUCUCUGAAUUUAGAACUUCUAAUUUAACUGGUUCGUAGAUGGGGUGAUGAAAUUGUAUGGAGCU